AGGGUGUGAUGAUGCAUAGCUCUGAGAGGGCUCUGACAAGGGUUCCAGAAGGACACUGAGGCGGAUUGUUGGCGAGUGUUUUUUUUUUUGUUGUUGUUGUUUUUGAUUUUUAAACCACGGUGGACAGACCCAGACAAACAUUAGCAUGGCGGGCGAGGACUCUGAAGAAACCAGGGUCCGUGUGGGAGAAGUAGGCGUGUCACACCUUUCUGGGGGUGGGCGUGGUUUCGCCGCUGAAGCUUAUGGCAGGCUGCGGGCCGGGAAGGGAGCCGAGAGCCAGAUGUGUUGCCACCAGUUUCCCAUUUGAUGUAAAAUUACUUUCUUCAGAUAUGGUUGGAGGAGUGUUACCGCUUGCCUAGGAUGUAUGAGGCCCUAGUUUCCAUUCCUAUCGCCAAGAAAGAGAAGAGUCUGGUCCAGAGGACUUGAGGCCCAGUUCUGUAUGUCCAUGGACCUGUCCCUUAGUGCCCAGGGAUGGAAUGGUUGUGAGAAGGUGCAAGAGGAAGCUUCAUUUUAGGUGACCCUGCCUCCAGCACUGGAAAGCAAAUCCAGGUGCCUAUGUAUGGCUAGGUAAGCAUGCUACCGCUGUAUGCAUCUCUAAUGACCUUGGACUCCAGUUCCUCCUGAGUACUAGGAUCACAGCAGACAGCCUCAGGACCACCUUUGACCACCAUCAACCAAACUAUGCAUGUCUGGGACCCCCCUGGCUCACUGUCCCGGGCACUGCCCCUUGCUUCCUCAGUCCUGAUGCUGCUGCUGAGCUGCCUGUGGUUAUUGGGGGCUGGCCCCAGCCUCCGAUUGGCUCCAGAGCUGCUAAUGGAACCCUGGCAGGUACACCGGCUGCUGACCCAUGCUCUGGGCCACACUGCACUGCCGGGCCUGCUCCUGAGCCUGCUGCUCCUGCCCACUCUUGGCUGGUGGCAGGAGUGCCAUCUGGGCACUCUGCGCUUCCUGCACAACUCCACUGUGCUUGCCCUGGCUACCGGGCUGCUGGCUGUGCUGCUGGCAGGUCUUGGUGUGUCCAGUGCAGCUGGAGGCUGUGGAUAUAUGCCUGUCCAUCUAGCCAUGCUGGCAGGGCAGAGUUACUACCCUGGAUGGCCUCAGAGGACAGUGCCACCAUGGCUGCUACCGUGGCUGCUGCUGGCCCUGACCCUGCUGCUCAGCUCUGAGCCACCCUUCCUGCAGCUCUUUUGUGGCCUUCUUGCUGGCCUAGCCUAUGCUGCUGGGGCCUUCCAGUGGCUGGAGCUCUCAGAGCAGAGACUGCAGGCGUUACAGGGAGGAGUCCUUUGCAGGACUCUGGCCCGGUGCUGGCCACUGAGGCUCCUUCCCGCCCCAGGCAGUCUGGGUGAACUGCCUGUCACUUACCCUGCUGAAGUGAGGCCUGCCACCCCUAGACCCCCUUACCUGGCUUCCUCAAACUCCUGGCCUCACAGUGACGGUUCUGCUCAGCUCCCACCAGGCCUGGGGCCCGGACAGCUGACUUGGAAGAACCCAGAGAGGGACUUGGACUGGGCUGGGCCCAGCUUUGCUUCAGCAGCACCCAUGUGGGCAGCCCUAGACGAGCAGAUGCUACAGGAAGGCAUCCAGGCCUCACUUCUUGAUGUGUCAGUCCAGGGUUCCCAGAGCCCUCUGUGGUUGCCAAAGCCCUCUAUGUCUUCUCUAAGGCUGCAGCAGCUACAGCACAUGGGGUUCCCCACUGAGCAGGCUGCAGUGGCCUUGGCAGCUACAGGGCGCGUAGAGGGGGCAGUGUCACUGCUGGUGGAAGGGCUAGUGGAGACUGAGGCCCUAGGGACUGAGGGGAGGAGUGCUCCUGCUCAUUGCAAAGGCACUGGGGCCUCAUAGUCCAAGAAGGGAGUAGGCCCAGCCUGAGUCCUUGCCUUGUCUGCUAAGGACUUGGUGGGGUCUUGAAAGCAUCCCUGGGGCAGGAGAAGGCCCCAGCAUGUUUUCCUGGUACUUUCUAAGAAUAAAAGCUGAUUUGCUUUUCAACCUG